UACAGGUAAUAUUGUGAACACUUGGAGGCAGCUAUCUAUUGAGACAUCAAAAGGACUCAGUUCCCAAUGUAAAGACAGGUAAUAUUGUGAACACUUGAAGACUGCUAUAUAUUGAGACAUCAAAAGAACUCAGUUUCCAAUGUAAAGAGAGAUCUCCCUGACUGAAAUCCACACAGGAUUAUAAAGUCACAGGAAAAAGAAAUACAAGUCUGAUGUCAGAGAUGUAUAGACUGGUGUUACAGAAAUCUCUCACCGUGUCUGGGGUUAGUCAGUGUCGUCACAUAUCCCGUGUGUCAUCCGACUGGGUCUGGAUCAGUGAUUAUGAAGGCAAUCUCAUCUUAACAAACACGACAGGAGACACACUAGAUAGUGUGACAGGUUUAUAUCAAUAUGGUGGUUAUGGAUUACAUACUGUGACUCGGGAUGGUGCUGUGAUUUAUGUAGACAGUGACGGUAACAUCAUUAAACUGUCUACAGAUAAAGUACAGACCACAGUGAUACCAUACAAAUCACCAUGGAGACCACUGUGUGUCUACAGCUCGCCCUCCACUGGAGACCUACUGGUCGGGAUGUCUGAUGUACUGACAGGCCAGGUAAACCGUUACAAUAACACAGGUAAACACAUACAGACCAUACAGCACGACAACACAGGUCUGGGACUGUAUAAUGAUCCUAGAUACAUCAUAGAGAACCGCAAUGGAGAUGUUAUUGUGUCUGACAUUGACCGUGGUGUAGUAGUGACAGACAGUACAGGGAGACAUCGCUUCACCUACACAGGUCACCCAUCAGGAUCACAACUAUUACCACGUGGAAUCUGUACUGACGCGCUGUCACACAUCCUGGUGUGUGAUCGUACCACCCACACAGUGCAUAUCAUUGACCAGGACGGUCUCUAUCUGACACAGAUUGAUACAGAACAACACGGGAUAUACAAACCAUGGAGCCUGAGUUAUGAUUGUGAUACACAGCUUCUCUGGGUUGGAUCAUGGACAAACAACACAGUAAACAUUUACAGACUUAUCAAUGGAGGGGAUAAUCUGAUUGAGGGAUUAAAGACAUUCUUGAGAAAGGAGAAGACAACUGUCACCCAUGCCAGAGGAAUACUUGUUGGAUGUGCUGAGGCUGGAAAAACAACGCUACUGAAGAGAUUAAGAGGACAACAUCAAAAUAUCGGUGAAGUUACAGAGUCCACCAGGGGACUGGAAGUCCAUCAACAUCUUUUCAUUGUUAAAGAUGGGAUUUUAGAAGUAGCUGAUGACGAUUCACCAUUGAAGACGUUUAUCAGGAUAAAUGCUGCGGACCUGAAGCCAAAAAUUAGCGGUGAAGUUGACAUUUCCAAUCCAAAUGAAAAUAGAGACAAUUCCAAACUGAAAAAAACUGAUAAAGAGAAGCAAAUCUAUAGCCGAGAAGAAGAGAAAGUUGAGUUGCCUAGCCCACCAACUGAAGUCAAAGAAGAAGUCAAUACAGUAGAGGUUAUGGCCAGUGUUCUCUCCUCAGAGGCACAGAAAAUGGUUAAGGAUGAAAUUUUUCAGAAAAUCUUGUCUGAAAAAGAGAAUUUACCAACUGUCAGCAUGCUGGAUUUUGCUGGUCAGUUAGCAUAUUAUGCCUGUCACCAAAUUUACGUUACACCAAAGGCCUUCUUUAUCCUUGUGUUGGACAUGACAAAGAAGUUUGAAGAUGUUGUCGAUAGGGAGAAAGAUAAUCAAGAAGGAUCAAUCUUCUCUGUGUGGACUUACAAAGACUACCUGAAGUUUUGGAUAACUUCAAUCAAGACUUUUGGAGGCACUAAGGCACCAAUGUUUAUUAUUGUCACACACUCAGAAAGAACAUCUACUGAUGUAAGUAUUUGAAAUGAAAUGUAAAUAUUUCAUACUAAA